CUCGCUCUCCCUCGCUCCACUCCGCGUGAAACAAAGUGUAGAGUCCGCGAGAGCCCGUAGGAAGCGAAAAGAGAGAAACCGGAGAGAAAGAAGAGAAUGGGGCCGCUGAAUUCAUCACAACAGGAGGAAUAAUAACCCGCUGAAGAAAUAGAUAAAGAAGACUGGAGACGGAGGGAAAAAGAAAAACUUUCAGGGGGGGAAACUGUUACAGACUCUCACGGCCGCGGCUUUAAACAUGGAUACACUCUUCUCUGUAUUCCUGGGACUCCUGCUUCUCUGUUCGAUAGUUGGUAACGUCUCCGGCCAGAUACCGACAGCUCACAUGGGGCGCGCUGAGAAGGGAAGCUGUACUUUUGAUGAGGGCUUCUCUCAAUGUGACUACCAACAGGAUCCUUAUGAUGACUUUGACUGGACUCACAUCAACACCCAGGAACUACCAUAUGUCUCACCAGACCUGCCACAAGGUUCCUACAUGUAUGUUGACAUCUCUCAGUAUGAUGUUGGAGAAAAGGCCAGGUUUCAGCUGCCAGUCAUGAAGGAGAACGACACUCACUGUAUCGACUUCAACUAUCUCCUCGCCAGCCCCGACGGCUCCAGCCCUGGCACGCUCAACAUCCUGGUGAAGGUGAACAAGGGUCCCUUGGCCAACCCUAUAUGGAAUGUGACGUCCUACACUGGUAAAGACUGGCUGAGAGCUGAACUCGCUGUUUCCACCUUCUGGCCUAAUGAAUAUCAGGUCAUAUUUGAAGCAGAGGUUUCGGACAGCAAAGCCGGCUUCAUCGCAAUAGACGACAUUCAGGUGCUCAGCUACCCAUGCGAUAAAUCACCUCAUUUCCUGCGCCUUGGGGACGUGGAGGUGAACGCUGGACAAAAUGCCACUUUUCAGUGUAUUGCCACAGGACGAGACACCUCGAACAAUAAACUCUGGCUACAGAGGAGAAAUGGAGAAGACAUUCCAGUGGCUCUGACCAAAAACAUCAACCACAGACGAUUUGCUGCUUCCUUCCACCUCAAAGAAGUCACUAGUCAAGAUCAAGAUCUAUAUCGCUGUGUCACCCAGUCAGAGCGCGGCUCUGGGGUGUCCAACUUUGCCGCACUUAUCGUGAGAGAGCCUCCGCACCCGAUUGCACCUCCUCAGCUGCUUGGUGUCGGCCCCACUUACCUACUGAUCCAGCUCAAUGCAAACUCCAUAUUUGGAGAUGGACCUAUAAUACUAAAAGAGGUUGAGUACCGUAUGACAUCAGGCAGCUGGACUGAGACUCAUGCUGUGAACUCUCCUAACUACAAGUUGUGGCAUCUUGACCCAGACACAGAGUAUGAGAUCAGGGUGUUACUAACCAGACCAGGAGAGGGAGGCACAGGGAAACCUGGUCCACCACUCAUUACUCGGACCAAAUGUGCAGAACCCAUGCGGACUCCUAAGAGGUUGAAGAUUGCUGAGACCAGGUCCCGUUUGAUUGCAGUGGACUGGGAGUCGCUGGGUUACAAUAUCACCCGCUGUCACACCUUUAAUGUUACCAUCUGUUACCAUUACAUGACUGCCAACAAUCGUAGCAAAGCUGACUGUUUGGAUAUGGACCCUAAAGCACCACGCCACCUGGUGGGGAACCUGCCACCGUACACCAACGUCAGCCUGAAGAUGAUUCUCACUAAUCCUGAGGGACGGAAAGAGAGCGAUGAGACCAUCAUACAAACUGAUGAAGAUGUUCCUGGUCCAGUUCCCAGUCAGUCGCUUAAAGCUACUCCAUCUGAAGAAACAAUAAGUCUUUCCUGGAAGGAACCAACUGAACCCAAUGGAGUCAUCAUACAAUAUGAGAUCAGCUACAGUGGCGUGCGUUCGUUUGACCCUUCGGUGCCUCUGCAGCGGCCAGGACUCACAGUGUCACUGCCUUCAAACGCCUCCCAUCACACGUUUUCGCAGCUCCACCCAGGUGUCACAUACCAGCUGUCUAUACGAGCAUCAACCUCCAAAGGGUUUGGUCCUGCAACCACACUCAAUGUGACAACUAAUAUUUCAGCCCCAACAAUAGAUGAGUAUGAUGGUCAAGAGGCCUUCCUGAAUGAAACUGCAACAACUAUUACUGUCCUGCUCAAACCCGCCCAGGCUAAGGGAGCACCCAUAAGUGCGUACCAGAUAGUGGUGGAAGAAGUGAAUCCUCAGCGGACACGCCGUCAGGCUUCAUCUGACUGUUAUGAGGUCCCGGUUUCUUACCACAGUGCAUCUAGUGGUGGAUCCCCUUAUUAUUAUGCUGCCCAGCUGUCUCCCAGCAAUCUGCCUGAACCGCUACCCUUUACCGUGGGAGACAACAAGACAUAUCAGGGUUUCUGGAAUCCACCUCUGGCUCCAAGGAAGAACUAUAACAUCUAUCUUCAAGCUGUCAGCAGUACAGAGAGGGAAACAAAGACACAGUGUCUGAGACUGGCGGCUAAACGUGCUACAGAGGAACCAGAAGUCAUUCCUGACCCCGCUAAGCAGACGGAUCGGGUGGUGAAAAUUGCUGGAAUUAGUGCUGGUGUUCUCGUUUUCAUAUUGCUGGUGCUGGUAGCCAUCCUGCUGGUUAAGAAGAGGAGGACCUACUAUUCAUACUCUUAUUACCUGAAACUAGCUAAAAAACGUAAAGACGCCAUUGGAACAACACGGCAGGAAAUGACACACAUGGUGAACGCUAUGGACCGCAGCUAUGCUGACCAGAGCACUCUGCAUGGCGAGGACCCCAUGGCUGUGACAUUCAUGGACUCUCACAACUACAACAAUAGAUUGCCCAACGAUCCUCUGGUUCCUACUGCUGUGUUAGUUCCAAUCACAGAUGAGAACCACACUGGCUCCGCGGCAGAGAACAGCAGGCUUCUGGAUGUUCCUCGGUAUCACUGUGAAGGAACUGAAUCUCCAUAUCAGACAGGACAGCUCCACCCUGCCAUCAGAGUGGCUGAUCUCCUGCAGCACAUCAAUCUAAUGAAAACAUCUGACAGCUAUGGCUUCAAGGAGGAAUAUGAAAGCUUCUUUGAGGGCCAGUCGGCCUCCUGGGACGUGGCCAAGAAAGAGCAGAAUCGUACCAAAAACCGCUAUGGGAACAUCAUAGCAUAUGACCAUUCAAGGGUUAUUCUGCAGCCCAUAGAAGACGACCCAUCCUCUGACUACAUCAAUGCCAACUACAUCGAUGUAAGUGGAAACACAUCGAAUGCUACUAUUGGCUCCCAACGAAACCAACGAAACCACACUCCCUCGCUCAUUUGGCUGUACAGGGAUGGAUACCAGAGACCAAGUCACUACAUUGCUACACAGGGUCCUGUCCAUGAGACAGUGUAUGACUUCUGGAGGAUGGUUUGGCAGGAACAGUCAGCCUGCAUUGUGAUGGUAACCAAUCUGGUCGAGGUUGGACGGGUUAAGUGCUAUAAAUAUUGGCCAGAUGAUGCUGAGGUUUACGGAGACUUCAAGGUGACUUUUGUGGAGGUUGAACCGCUUGCUGAAUAUGUGGUUCGCACAUUUACGCUGGAGAGGCGUGGCUUCAAUGAGGUUCGGGAAGUCAAGCAGUUCCACUUCACAGGCUGGCCUGAUCACGGAGUUCCAUAUCAUGCCACGGGACUACUUUCCUUCAUCCGCAGAGUUAAAAUGUCCAACCCACCUUCUGCUGGGCCAAUUGUGGUCCACUGCAGUGCUGGAGCAGGGCGCACAGGCUGUUUCAUAGUCAUUGACAUUAUGUUGGACAUGGCAGAGAGAGAAGGAGUAGUCGACAUCUACAACUGUGUGAAGGCGCUUCGCUCUAGGAGGAUCAACAUGGUACAGACUGAGGAGCAGUACAUAUUCAUCCACGACGCCAUUCUGGAGGCUUGUCUGUGUGGAGAAACAGCCAUACCAGUCUGCGAGUUCAAAGCAGCUUAUUAUGAGCUGAUCCGCAUCGACUCCCAGACCAACUCGUCUCAUCUGAAGGAUGAGUUCCAGACAUUAAACUCGGUGACUCCUCAGCCUCAGCCAGAGGACUGCAGCAUUGCAUUGUUGCCUAGAAACCAAGAUAAGAACCGCUUUAUGGAUGGCCUUCCUCCAGAUAGAUGCCUUCCCUUCCUCAUCACAAUAGACGGAGAAAGCAGCAACUACAUCAACGCUGCUCUCAUGGAUAGCUACAGACAGCCAGCUGCAUUCAUCGUUACCCAGCAUCCUUUGCCUAACACUGUCAAAGACUUUUGGCGCCUAGUUUACGACUAUGGAUGUACCAGCCUGGUGAUGCUAAAUGAGAUUGACCUGGCUCAGGGUUGUCCUCAGUACUGGCCAGAAGAGGGCAUGCUGCGUUACGGUCCGGUCCAGGUGGAAUGUAUGUCAUGCUCAAUGGAAUGUGACGUUAUCAGCCGGCUCUUCAGAGUCUGCAACCUCACAAGGCCUCAGGAAGGCUAUCUGAUGGUUCGUCAGUUCCAGUACCUCGGAUGGUCGGGGCACAGAGAAGUCCCUGCCUCCAAACGCUCUUUCCUCAAACUGAUCCUUCAGGUUGACCAGUGGCAGCGUGAAGGGGAGGAGGGAGAGGGAAGAACCAUUGUGCACUGCCUAAAUGGAGGUGGGCGUAGUGGAGUAUUCUGUGCCAGCAGCAUUGUGUGCGAGAUGGCCAAGAGACAGAGUGUGGUUGAUGUUUUCCACGCUGUAAAGACCUUGAGGAACAGCAAACCUAACAUGGUGGAUACUCCGGAACAGUAUCGGUUCUGCUACGACCUGGCAUUGGAGUUCAUCGAGUCCUCCUAAGUAAAAGACAGAAGAGCAGAAUGAGGUGAAGAAAAGCUGGAGAACAUCUCUUCACAUCUUGUGUGUUUGAUCCUUUGCUUUGCUUGGUCCCGAUCCCCUUUGUGGCGGCCGUUGUGUAGCAUCCAUCUUGCGUCUCUAUAAAAGGCGCGAGUAAAAUGGGCUCCUUGUACAUGUUAUUAAACAAAGGGAAAUGCUUCGACUUUAGCAGGAAUUGUGAUGGAGAGGAGGAGAUGUUACUCCUUUCACUCCUUUAUGCUUAUUGUACAGCUUUUUGAGUGCCAGCGGGCCCCUGUAUGCUUCAGGCCCCAUUUAAAACAUUUAGCCUCUCACCACAGCCACCUCCCAUGAACUUGAUGCUUUGUGCUAUAGAUUCUCUCUCUCUCUCUCUCUCUCUCUCUCUCUCUCUCUCUCCUCUCUCUCUCUCUCUCUCUCUCUCUCUCUCUCUCUCUCUCUCUCUCUCUCUCUCUCUCUCUCUCGCAAGCUGCGACCUCAGCUUUUUAAAAACUGCAAGGUAAAGUUUUCAAUGGUCCCACUUUUCUGCUCUCAUGCUGCUUUCUGACUAAUUUAACUGUGUUGGGCAUCUCAUCAUGGUGAUGUUUGAGUAUAUGCAGCCAGUACUUUUGUACAAGAACAAGAAACUGAAAGUUGCAGUUCGGACAAACUCUGUGAAUGGUUCUGUUUCUGCUCCACACAUCUUCACAUUAUUCCAGCGAACACUAAGUCAGUACAAUAUUAUGAGUAUGAACCCAUUUACACUGAUUACACACAGUUGAUUGUCAGAAAACAGAACAAAAAAAACUGUGAAAGUAAAAUCAAGACCAAGAAACAAAUGAAAAUCAGGAAGUUUACAUUGGGAUUAUUAGGCUUUCAGAUUUUUUAAAAAAAAUAAUAUUCAUUUAGCUGCAACUUGACAAGUGUUGUUAUGCUUUUUGUUGAAAACAGGUGUGUUAUGUAUCACUGUUUCAUUUUUUUUUCUUUUGUAGUAUCAUGUAUCUAUCUACUGGUUAGAAUUUUGCAGUCUUCAUUUUACAUUAGACUGUGUGACAUUAGCCGAAUCAUGUUCUUUUCAGGGCUGGGCCCAUUGCACUUUCAUUUCAGCCAGUACACAAGUGGAAAAAAAAAAACUGCAAACACAAAGAAAUUUUGGAAAUGAGAAAAUCUGCUUAUUUUCCCAUAGAAAAGACUGAACUUGCACAUUCUCUGAUGACAAGAUAAAUAACAGUUUCCAUUUACAGUACGGCUUGAAUGGAAUUGGAAGUGACCUGACCCCAGUCUCCAUUUUUUUUGUGCACUGGUGGCCAACACUUUUCUCUCUGUUGUAAUAUUAUUAUUUUGUAGCUGAUGUUUCUUCAUAAGCCAAAGACUUUGUGUAAAUAUGUCUAUAUGGAUAAAGCACAUUGUUUGUAUUUAUUGUUUGUUUACUUGCAUUGCUUGUAAGAACAAUCAUUUUUCAUUCCAUGUUUACCCACCAGCGUUUCUUAAACCGCACACUGGGACCCAAAAUGGGCUGCAGGUCUGUUUCUUCUGGAGUCUUGAGAGCAUUAGUUUGAUUUAUUGAGCCCAUAAUGGGUCCCAAAGUAACAGACUACAUCUGCCCAAUUUGGUUCCAUGAAGAAGAGUUUAAGAACCCCACCCCCACCCCAAUGAAGCUGUAUAUUAAAGCAUUAGAAGUAGUUUUUCAGUAUUUAGGUGGAAUUCAGUAGUAUUGUCUUUGUUUUCACUUAUUGAAUCUCUGUGAUGUUACUGUGGUUUAUUUGUGUAUGAGCCCAUUGCUCUGUUUGUGGUCAGUAGAAAUUCAGUGCAUUUAUAUGCACAGAGUAUUUUGGAUAAUAGCUCCUAUCCCUCUUAACGUCUUAGUCGGGAUAAGCUGUUUAUCUUCAUCCUCGUAUCCUGCCCACCAUUAUCCCUGAAUACACACUGACUCAGUGAUGCAAACAGGCUUAGUGAGUGAAACACGCAGGAUUGUGAUACAAAAACAUUUAUCGUGCCUAAUCAUUUGAAUUUCCUUGUUGCUACAAGCAUUUUUACAGCAUCUUAGAUCACACCCAGGGCUUUGUUGAAUGCGUUCUCAUGAACGGCCAGUGUUCUGAAUACCUUUUGGACCACGAUUCAUUGUGUUUUUAUUCAUCAGAAUGCUUCUUUGUGAGGCUUUACAGGCUUACAGAAUAUCAGAUGUGUUUCUGUUUGUGAACAAACUGAUGAAAACAAAAAAGGAACUUUAUUGUAAAUAACAUGUCAGAUGUUCCACUUUGUUGGAGCAAGAGCAGCCCUACUCUUAAGGAUGUUAUUGUAAAUAGGGUGCUCUAAAAGGCUCUAUUGUUGGGUGAACAGUAGAGAUUUAGAUCAUGGAUGCAAUGUCAGAACAUUUGUUCUGGUGUAGAUAAAAAAAGUCACAGAUUGUACUCUUGUUUUGGAGGAUUCAAAUUCAAGUAUUGACAGAUGGUGUUUAAAAAAAAAUAUAUAUAGUUUUCACUGAAUACAGAACAUUAUUCUGUUGGUGGAACAUCAAUUUUUAGUUUUGUUACUAUUGAUUUCUGGUCUGAUCCAAAGAAGGGAGAGAAAAGGCCAUGGUAUUAUGAUCUCAUUGUACAUCCUGUAUAAUGACAAUAAAAGGCAUUCUAUUCUAUUCUAUAAUAAUCCAGUCAUAUUUUAUGUUUAGCAAUGAUAGAUUUUGCUACUUGCAUAAAUUAGUGAAAGCAGAAAAUAAACACAAUAUGUAAAGCCUCUUAACUACACACUUAAAGGAAAACUGAGGAACAAAUCUUAAGAGGCCCUCGACUCCUCCUUUUUAAAUCUGAAGUAAUGUUUCUGAAGAGUAGUGAAUGGAGCUGGUGUCUGGAUGAGAGGCCAGUCUGACUAUAAAGUUGAUAUUCAUGGUUCAUAAUUAUUCUUGUCUGUAACGUUUGCUUAUUUGCUGUAAUAAAGACCACUUCUUUAAUUAAA